ACUCUAUAUAAAAGCCAAACACCUUUUCCUUCCAGUUCGGUGAAACCAUUUUUUUAUUUUAUUUUAAUUUUCUGUCUUUUCUACUCGUUCUACAAGCUCCUUUGAAAUAAUGUCAUGUUGUUGGUCACCGACUUGCUAUUCUCGAAUCUCCUUUCUAAUUUUGUUUUGAAUAUCCUCAGUGUAUCAGCAAAAGCUGGACCUUUAAUGGAGCCUUCACUUGACAUUUGAAUGAUUCAGUCUUUCGACCUCCCCCUUUUUUUAUUUAUUUAAAAUUUCUUAUAACGUUUAUUGGGUCUUCGAAAUUGGUCUCCGUUUGAUAUUUUUCCUAGUCUUCAGCUCGAAAGAGGAACUGGGUGUUUUCUUAAUUCGUCGAAAUAAAGCUUGUUCGUUCAGACUUGUGAGGUUUAGAAACUGGGUUUGAGGUUAAUAUUGCCUCACUUUAUGAGUACUGCAAAAAAGUUGACUUUAGAGUCCACUUUCUUUGCUGGAGACGGAUACCAGAUCUAUAGAAAGAGAUGUGGCCAGCCUCCAUUCAGCUGAAAUGAAGUCCUUACAGAACACACAAGAAGUACCAUCAGCUUCCCAAGUUUCGCACGAUUCCCAUACUGAUCAACAGCAGAUUCUCAAAACCGAGCCACCAGUAACAGAUUCCGCUUCUAUAUCCACUCCAAGUAAUGAAAGUAAGAAGGUUUCACGCCAAGAUAUUGAACUUGUCCAGAAUUUAAUAGAACGAUGUUUACAGUUGUACAUGAAUAGAGACGAGGUGGUGAAAACCCUCUUGACCCGUGCAAGGAUUGAACCUGGAUUUACAUCAUUAGUAUGGCAGAAGUUGGAAGAAGAAAAUGCCGAUUUUUUCAGAGCAUAUUAUAUUAGAUUAAAAUUAAAAAGACAAAUUGUCUUGUUCAAUCAUUUGUUAGAACACCAGUAUCAUCUGAUGAAGUACCCAAUGCCACAAAAGGUUCCAUUGGCCCCUAUGCAAAAUGGUAUCCAUCCAAUGCCUGUUAACAACUUGCCCAUGGGAUACCCUGUUCUACCACAGCCUCCAAUGCCAGCCACAGGUCAACCUCAUCUCGACUCAAUGAACUGUGGAAUAUCAAACUGUCACGUGGUUAAUGGUGUCCCUGCACCAAGCAACUAUCAUCCUAUUAGGAUGAACUCUGGAAAUGAUAUGUUGAUGGACAGCAGUGGUGGUGAUAUGGCACCUGUUAUUCCCCCAAGUAGUGCAAUGUCUUCCAUGUCAGAGAUGGCCAUGAGUCCUACAUCAGUGGCAUCCAGCGGUCACUUCCCAUUCACGGCAUCAGAAAUAUCAGGUAUGGGAGUAGAUACAUCAGCUCUCGACUCGGCAUUCACAUCUGAUGUAGCAAGUUCAGUAGGGUUGCAACUUGCACCAGAUGGAGGACCUGGAAAUUCUCGAGAUUCCCUAAGACCACUUGAUCAGAUUCAGUGGAAUUUCAGCUUAUCAGAUCUUACAGCAGAUUUAUCAAAUUUGGGAGACUUAGGAGCCCUGGGAAACUAUCCUGGUUCUCCUUUUCUUCCAUCCGAUUCUGACAUCUUAUUAGACUCUCCAGAGCCAGAUGAUAUAGUUGAGGACUUCUUCGCCGAUUCUGUCCCCGGGCCUCCAUCCUCCCAAUCAGACGAGGAGAGAAGCUAAGAGAAGGCAAGGAAUGUUCCUUUUUCGGCUUUCGCCGUAGUGUCAGUAUAGGAACAAGUUAGAUCUCAUCAAUAAAUUAGUCGACUUAUUGGGUUUUUUAUACCAUCAAUUUGAACUUUUGCACCUUAGCUGGCUGCUAUAUAGCCGCUUUGGUCUGUAAUAGCACUCAAGUAGGACAGUGUAGUUUUUAUUGUUAGUUCUUAAUUUUCUCUCAGAACAACUUGAGGAUCAUAUAAUUAUUAGUUUUGUACUUCAACAAUUUUAAUUAACAUCGCAUACGAGGUAUGUCAUGAGUAUCCUUCUGGGAAAA